AUGGCGGAUACUAUCAACCCUUUGGAUACUCUCCCAGCCUCACCAUCACCCGAGAUGUACACAAUUUCCCCCGCGGAUACAUCAUUAGACUCUCCGGAGCCGGAAGAUGAUAUUAAACAAGAAGAAGAUGAGAAGAAGCCAACAAAGAAGAGAAAGUCUUGGGGACAAGAACUCCCAACACCCAAAACAAACCUCCCUCCUAGAAAACGCGCCAAGACGGAUGAUGAAAAGGAGCAGCGUCGGAUCGAACGGGUCCUUCGAAACCGCGCUGCUGCUCAAACAUCACGCGAGCGCAAGCGUCUCGAAAUGGAGAAGCUCGAGACCGAAAAGAUCCGAAUGGAGCAACAAAACCAGUUCCUGAUCCAGCGUUUAUCGCAGAUGGAGACAGAGAACAACCGCUUGAGCCAACAAGUAGCCAAGCUCUCCGCUGAGGUCCGUGGAUCUCGCAGCGUGACUCCUAAAGCCAGCUCUCCCGCCAUCGAAUCGCCCACCCUCACGCCUACCCUCUUCAAACAAGAAGGCGACGAACUCCCUAUGGAACGGAUUCCUUUCCCCACUCCCUCCGUUACCGACUACUCUCCCACCCUCAAGCCUUCCACUCUGGCUGAGGCCUCCGACGUGACACAACAUCCUGCAGCGGUGUUGUGUGAAUGUGACCUGCAGUCUCCUCUUUCUGACGAUGACUUCCGCCGCCUGUUCCACGGUGAUUCACCCGCUGAGCCAAAUCCUUCUUUCCCUGAAGACGGGUUUGCCUUUGACGUUCUCGACGGAGGAGAUUUAUCAGCAUUUCCCUUUGAUUCUAUGGUUGAUUUCGACCCCGAGUCUGUCGUCCUCGACGGCGUCCAAUCGUCCGGUCUUUCGGAUGAGACUUCUCACCAGACUACUAGCUUGCAGCCCAGCCUUGGCGCGUCCACUUCGAGAUGCGACGGGCAGAGCAUUGCAGCUAGCGGUUAG